UUCUGUAGCUUUGAGGUGACAAUGAACAUACAGGGCUUUUCUUGUAAAUUCUUUAACUUUGCAAAGAAAGGUCGUGUAGAGCUGGGAGAUGUCUCCUUUUAAUGAGAAAUGUGCAGACUACAAUUAUCUUUUACUAAGAAAAGGUUUUGGUUAUUUUUUAGAGUUUCUGAAAAACUGGUUUUCCAGAAAACCCGGUCUUCAAAAGUAACGAGUCCGAAUCCUUUUAGACUUUUUAUUAGCUCGAUAUACUCCAUCGACUGAGUUAUAACUCAUUAGAAACGGAGGGUGUCACUUCGGGAGGGUCCCUCGUAAGUGACUGAUACCGAAAAUGAAAAAACAUAUUUCUGGUUCUUGGUGUUACAGUACCAGAGGCUAACAAAACUUUCUGAAAUUCUUUUUGUUAAAUUUUCCAAAAUUCUGCUUAUAACGCUGUUGACCUAUGGAUUUGUGGAGGUCGGGGCCAGUAUUUCUAGUGUUAGAGCACCCACGCCCCAUCUGUUCUCAAUAGUAGCCCGCGGAAUUCUCUAUCGAAUGAUGUACAGUGGUUGAUGUUUGCUUUGGGCAGAGAGAAGAAAUGGGGAAAAUAUUCUAAAUAAAGUUCAUUUAAGGGGAGAAAAGUUUGGAUGCGAAAUUUUUUCCAGGGGGCUGAAAAUGGGUUUUUUGAGAUGCUAGUUUUAAUCACGAAGAAGAACUACAUCAGACUUGUGAAUAUGAGCUUGAUCUGAGAGGGGGCCGAUUUUGCCUUUUAUCGACUCCCGUCCUUUGUUUGCUCACAUCAGAAACUCGAUUAGAAGUUGGAAACAAUUUCUUUCUUAUAAUGUUGCGAUUAUUAUUCCGAUUUAUAAUCGUGAAAAUUGCACAAAUACCCUAGACAAAAUCCUGCGCACUUGUUGUCUAUUUCCUAUUAGGAUGUUAGGCAAUCCUAACAUUUUCGAUCUAUCUAAUAACUCUCUGAGAUGAUAUUAAAACGCAAGGGUCCUAGUUGGAUUUCGUUUUAAUAUCUUAAGAUCUUAACAGAGUCUUAGAAAAUCCUGCGACUUUCGGAUAUACCUGAUUUCAUUAGGAAUCUGUAUGAUUUUGUUAGGAUCCUAAGAGAUUAAAGCGAAAUCCUAGUUGGAUACUGGAAGGAUAUAUCUCGAAUUGCGUUGGGAAACUAGUAGAACGUAUACUAAAGUGGGGACUAUGCCAGUUUUCAGCCUUGGAACUGUUUAAGUUUUUCAUACACCUAUUUCUCAACGACGAAUAGAAAGAAAACUGCUGGAAAGAAUCUUUGUUUUGCAUUGUUGGGCAGUUGCUCGAUAUUCUCUCAAAUAAUCUCUUUUAAGACUUCAAUGAGCAAAACUGACGGGUUUUGGUCGAUCUCGUAAAAUUUUCCAAAAACAAAAUAUCUCGCAAUAUUCCGGGCUCGAUGAAUGAUCAAAAAAGAAUAAUAAUAAAGAUAACAUUAAAAGAAAAAAAUCGUUCCUACCUUCUGAUCGAGUUUCAGAUGUGAAUAAAUAAAUAUCACAGCACAGUCGACUGCAGAUCAAAUGAAAAAAGCAUGUCUGGCUGUUCCUGUAGCAGUAUCGGAGGCCAUCAAUAACUUUCUGAAACUCUUUUGUCGCGUUUUCCAAAACGUUUGUUCAGAAUUCAUGAUCACAUAGUUUUUUCAAAAAAUUCUUGAGGCAAAGAAACGCUUUCGUGCAAAUAUCGGGUUGGUUAGGUUCGACUUUCACGUCUAAAACCUUUCCUCUUCAAUAAGACAGACAGUCCCUCGUGAACGGCCUGUAAUACCUCUUUGUAGAGUUUUUUACUUACUGACCGCAACCGUUCUCAUUUUAUCGAUCAACAAUUACAUAGAGGAUUUUGAAUUUCAUGUCGUUGUGGUCGGCUCCGAUAAACUUUAGUUUUUGUUCUAGGUAGUCGUACAAGAUAUGCAUCAUUUUUCACCCAUAAUCCAUUUUUUGGUAAAGGACGAAAUUUAACAGUUCUAUGUGGAAUUUUGGCAUCAACAACGGUUGCUCUUGUUGUAACAUUGAUACCAUGGUUUAAUACACAAUUUAAAACUGUACCAGUUCAAGUUACAUAUGUUAUGCCGGCACUUGGCUUUGGUGCUUUAUUAUUUAUAUUAGAUGAACUAAGAAAAUUUUAUAUAAGAAAAUAUCCAAAAUCGAUUUUAGCUAAAAUAGCUUGGUAA